AUGCAGCACUCCUUUGCUCCGUGGAUCCUGGGCGUCGCCACCUCCUUUGUUCUGGACGCCGCCACCUCCUCUGCAAGGGGCGCCACCACCUCCUCUGCUCGGCCUACGCCGCCGCGGGCGCCCUACGCCGCCGUUGCGCUGGCCGACGCCGCGGACGGACCCCCUCCCGGCGCACCUCCUCCUCCGCGCCCCGCCCCCGCCCAGCCGCCGCCACUGCUGCGGGCCUCGUGGGCCGCGCGCGCGGACGCCGCGGGCACCGCCGCGUGGGCCGCAUGGGCUGCGACCCCACCGGCAGGCGCGCCGCCUGGUCAGGCCGCUGGCGAUGCGCGCGCCGCGCGCGUCGAGGCGACGCGCGCGCCGUGGGCAACGCCGCCGAAGCCCUGGCCGUCCUUGAGCCCACUUCGGCCGGGGGCGCCGCCGCCGCUGCUCCUCCUCCUCCAUGGCCUGCCCUCGGCAUGCCCCCCCGCGGAUGCGCCGUUCGCCGCCGCUGCCUUCCGCGGGCUGCCGAUCGUCGCCCGAGCUGCUCCGGCAGAAGCUGCACUCGCUGCGGCCCUCCUCGUCGCCAAGUCCGAGGCUGCGGAGUCCCAGGAGCGGAUUCGCGCGGCUGCCCUCACUUGGGAGCGCGAGCGCUCCACCGCCGACGCUCUCACUCGUCGGGUCGCCGAUGCGAAGCACUACUUCCUUGUCUCCUCCGGCAAACAGCCCGUCGUCGUUCCCUUCACCGCGCACGGCGCUUCGUCAUCGUCCACCUUCACCGCGCUCGUGGCUGCUUCACCGGCUCUCUCUGCCUCGCCUGCUACCUCCCUCCUUGGUGCUUGUCCUGCCGGUCAGCACGGCAGUGGAGGGAGGGGGGCGUAG